UGUCCAGCAUGACCCCACAAAUGCUGGCAGCUGCUGAUAAGUACGGCUUGUCGGCCCUGAAGGCUGCUUGUGAGCAGCAGCUGGCCACUCAGCUGACUGUGGAGAAUGCAGCAGCCACAGCUGUCCUGGCAGUGAGGCACUGCUGCCCAAGCCUGACUCCGGCUUCAGUCGCCUUCAUAAAAGACCACAACUUCCGAGUAAUGGCUACACAGGGCUGGGCAGACAUGAUGCGUAGCCACACUGAAGAUUUGAUUGAAGUGAGUCGCCUGCUUGCUGAACCACCAGAAGAAAUCAGGAGUCUUUCGGUCGAGGAGAAAGGCAGGAGGCUGAUCCAGUCAGCUGAGGAGGGAGCAGUGGAAGAGAUACGGACUCUGCUCGCCGCAGGUGCUGACUUAGGAGUGAGGGACAAGUACAUGGGGACCGCCCUGCAUUGUGCAGCGAGGGAGGGACACGUGGAUGCAGUGAAGUAUCUGGUGGAGUGUGGUGCAAGCCUGGAAGACAGGAACAGGAAGCAGAGCACACCUCUGCACUUAGCUGCAUGGAAAGGCCACACGGCUGUGGUGCGGCUGCUGGUGGCUUGUUCUGCAGACCCCAACGCCAAGGGUGACUGUGGGUGGACGCCACUGCACUUUGCGGCAUGCUAUGGUCACACAGAAGUAGCAGCUGUGCUGCUGGAGGCGGGAUCUGACAGGAGCACAAGAGAUAACAGGGGGAACACACCACUGGACCUUGCUAGACAUAACAAUCAGCAGCAGCUCGUAGGGAUACUCACGUGAAGUUUACAAGGCAACAAAAAUCAGGAGGAAAACAAACAAAGCAUCAUGUCAUGACUUAACAUUAUUUUUGAGUAAUGUAUUAAUCCGGCAUCUGUUGUUUGCACCCAUCACUGUGUAGUGCAUGUACUACUCCACUAACAACUCAGCAAUAGGUACAAUAUGGAUAGUAACAUAAGUAAUGUAAGUAUUCUUCCUCAUUAGGGAAAGAUCUGAAAAACGUUAGUUGAGCAACCAUUUUAACGCUCCAGCUGUCACGUCAGUUUUGUAACAUUAGUAGUCGCCAACCAGCCUUCAUGUUCUUUAGAGGCACGAAAAAUAGUGCCUCAAUAUGUUUGGUAUUGAGAAAAAACUUUACUUUGCUUUUUACAUAAAUAAAUAUAUAUUUCAA